UUCAGCCCUGCAUGAAGUAAAUCAUGAAGUAUCAACUGUUCAGUUGCAAGUUGAAAGUUUAUCAGGUGAAGCUUUAAAUGUCACUCGCUUUGAUUUCUAUAAUUACAGUGGAAGCUACAGUGCAACUCUUAAUCUCUCUCAUCUUCCUUUCUCUCUGGUAUACAACCAAAAUAAUGCUGUCAUAUUAGGGAGACUUGCUAUUGAUAAAUCAAACAUCAAUCUAACAAUAGAGCCAUCUGUUAUUACUGUUACCUAUAAUCCUCAAAUUUCUUAUGCUACUACAACACAAAUCAAUCGCAUGAGUAGUGAUCAUGUUUCAACUGUAUACAUAACAUCCAUUCCUACAAUAUCAUCUCAAGCUUGUGUGUCCUCUCAGCCAAUUACAGUUACAUCAUCCAUUACUACAAUAUCAAUGCAAGCUCGUACAUUUUCUGAGCCAGUUACAGUUACAUCUAUUCGCACAAGCACGCUAACAACUGCAACAAGUGCUUCAGUUAUAAAUGAAAGCCCUUCACUAUCUAAAAUAACAAUAACGGUUGAGAAGACCUUGCCAUGUUCUGCAGUUAUACUACCAACAACACAACCAAACCAGUCCUCGUUGAACUCAAGUGUAGUUGUUGGAGGUGUAAUGGGCUAUGUUAUACUUGUCAUUCUCGGUGUCGUUGGCACUGUGGGUGGGUUUUCUGUGGAAGAAGUACCAGAAGACAACAAGGAAUGACAACGUCGGCAACAAAUGUACCAGGGGUAAUUUUUAGUAAUGUUAAUGAUUACGGAGGUCGUAGAAAAGCAGUUAGAUCUGGUAUACUUGAUAAAAACCAGUCACUUCCUCUACCUAUACCUCCGCAUAAUAUUGGUGAAGAGAUUUAUGAUGAUACUGCUAUUUACAUGGAAAUGGAUAAUUUGCAGAAAGAAAUGACAUACGAAAAUUCUGUAGCAAUUGCAGCACAGUAAACAUGGGUAUUGCACAUAUGGUAAUGUAUUUUGUUGUUUCUCCUACAUUAUGCAGACAUCAUGUUUACUAUUAUUGAUCAUUUCAUAUUGUGUGACACUAAUUAAAAUAAACCCCCAUAAAGUAUUGU